CGGGAAAGGGCAUCAGGCGGGCCACGCGAGAAAUAAACCGGGGGGACCUUGACGUUUGAAAUUCGAAUUUCGAAUGAAGGCAGUGACGACGACAACGAUGUGCAGCUGGCGGCGCGAAGACGGUGUAGUGCUGAAACGGGCUCAGCGGCACCAUCCCUUCCGCCCACCGCCCACUGUGAGGUCAUUGGCAUCGUUGGGUGCGUCCAUCACCGUCGACCUUCUUCCACGUCGAGUGCGCCGUCGAACACAUUUCCGUCGGGAGGAACGCAUCCAAAGAAAGGCGGCUGCUUCGUCGAACGUCUUCGGCUUGUUCGUUGGGUGUGGAAGGACGACACAUAUGGCAGUGGAGAGACGGAUCCGUCUGGAGUUCACGGCUAUGGAGGGCGGCGGAGAGGGUGGACGUGCAGUGUUGACACCGCUUGAGCAGUCGGCCGUGGCGGCGGCCGUGUCGACCGUUGUUCUUCGAUGUCAGCAGGAGAGGGCGCUGGGACGAAUGAAGGAGCAGUUGCGUGCACGUAGAAGAAGGACAUUGACGCAAGCUCCGGAUGAUGGCCCCGACUAUGUGGCAACCUCGGAGGCUGCCAUUCAGUUGUGCUACGCGUUGGGUUGCGGAGUGAUUCUGCGAGCGACACCGAUGUGGUGGAUGAAGCGCAGGAUUGGAGGCACGUGGGAAGACCUCAGGCAAUGCGACGUGACAGACGACUACUUCCGGGACAAGCUACGCAUGUCGCCGCGAGUGUUCCGGGAAAUCACGGAGGCAUGUGCACUUCAUCUUCAGCGGCGGCUGGCGUUCUACAGGGAGCCUUUGCAGCCACACCAGAAUGUGGCAUAUGCACUAUACAGCGUCUUCCCCAUCGAUUUCCCUCGUGCCUCGAUUCAAACGGAUGCUAACAUCGACGAGGGGGUUCACACGACCAUGUUUCAUGGGUUGCUGGCUACUUCAGGCUUAGUGGCGAGCAUGUGGUUGAUGCGCAUGGUGGGAGAUGAUCUGCGCAGCCAUAAUGAAGCUUUCUACUUCGCCAAGCUCGUGGCAAAACCUACGCUCGUCUCGUUCAUACAUCGGUCCUUCGAACAUAGACGAUCAGUCGUCCGCGCUACGAACGUUGUGACGGAGAGGCUUGGGAAGGCGAACGCAACCUUGGGAGAAUACCUGAAGUACAUCCCAGAAUGGGCACCCUACGACAUCGUUUUCGGGUCCGACGCGAGCAUAUCAGGGUUAGAGGAUGCGAAGAGGCCAGAUCGGUUGGGCACGGGCCCCCUAGAGGAUGAGAACGACGAAGGGGGAAAGCAUGACGCGUAGGGCGGCGCCGAGGGUGACACGUAGGGCGCAUACGCGAUGCAUAUGAUGGUGGCCUCCUGGUAGGCUGCCAUGUCGUCGUCUUCAGGCCUGUCCACGAUAUUAGCCCCCGCGAAC